AUGGGUAUGUAUGGUAUGGGCGGAGUUGGGAAAACAACGCUUCUCAUGCAAAUCAACAAUAAGUUCAGUGAAGAAAGGUGUGGAUUUGAUUUUGUGAUUUGGGUUGUGGUGUCUAAAGAGUUACAUGUAGAGAAGAUUCAAGAUGAAAUCGCUCAGAAAGUUGAUGACAUAUGGGAGAAGGUGGAUUUAACAGAGAUUGGAGUCCCAUUUCCAGCACCAGAAAACCGAUGCAAAGUAGUCUUCACCACUCGUAAGACAAGUGACAGCGAUCCAGAGAUCCCCAAGCUUGCAAAAGACGUUGCUAGAAAAUGUGGUGGCCUUCCAUUGGCGCUCAAUGUCAUAGGGGAGACCAUGUCAUGCAAGAAGACGGUGGAAGAAUGGCGUCACGCGAUAAAUGUUUUGACUUCGUACGCUACAGAGUUUUCUGGCAUGGAAGAUAAGAUCCUUCCGCUUUUGAAGUAUAGCUACGAUAAUCUUAAGGGCGAGGAUGUCAAAUCAUGUUUGCUGUAUAGAAGGGCUGAGAACAAGGGGUAUGAGAUAAUUGGUGAUCUUGUUCGUGCAUCUUUGUUGAUGGAAGAGCUGAACAAGACAGUGCGUAUGCAUGAUGUUGUUCGCGAAAUGGCAUUGUGGAUUGCAUCUGAAUUGGGAAGAGAAAAGGAGGCUUUCAUUGUGCAUGCAGGUGUAGGGUUAAAUGAAAUUCCAAAGGUUAAGAAUUGGAACAGUGUGAGAAGAAUGUCACUGAUGAAGAACAAGAUUCGCAAUCUAGCUGGCAGUCCUGAAUGUCUCGAACUCACAGCUUUUCUCAUGCAACGGGGAGAAUUGGUAAAUAUCUCGAGUGAAUUCUUCAAGUCCAUGCCGAAGCUACAGGUGUUGGAUCUAUCAUUUAAUGAACAUCUCACCAAAGUGCCGGAUGGAGUAUCUGAUUUAGUUUCUUUGAAGUAUCUCAACUUGUCAGAUACAGGUAUCCGUCAUCUCCCUAAGGGUCUACAAGAGUUGAAAAAACUCAUUCACUUGAAUCUCGAGGUUGACGAGUUGUACACGAUUUCUGGGAUCUUGAAAUUGGAAUCAAAUGGAAUAGCAAUUCCAGUAACCAUGAACAAGCUUCGUUAUUUCAGCAUUGAGCGCUGCACUAUUCUGAGAUAA